UCCCAACGUGUGUAACCGUGAAUAUAAAUACAAAGCACAACAAGGGCACAAACAGCGAGUAACUUCCCUACUCAUUGCAAAGAUGGCGGCACCCGAAACCACACUUCACUCCACAGAUUCUCCCUUAAAGCGGCCAAGAGAAGACGAACUGAACGGUGUCUCCGACACUCUUUCCAAAGAAUCUCAACCUAAAGGUUUAUCAGCUGUUAUCCCUGGCUGGUUCUCUGAAAUCAGCCCAAUGUGGCCAGGGGAGGCACACUCCUUGAAAGUGGAAAAAGUUUUGUUUCAGGGAAAAUCUGAUUAUCAGGAUGUUAUGGUCUUUCAGUCAGCAACAUAUGGCAAGGUUCUUAUUUUGGAUGGAGUCAUUCAGCUCACAGAAAGAGAUGAGUGUGCUUACCAAGAGAUGAUCACUCAUCUUCCUCUUUGCUCUAUUCCAAACCCCAAAAAGGUUUUGGUUAUUGGUGGAGGAGACGGGGGAGUCUUGCGGGAAGUUGCACGCCACUCUUCAGUCGAAAAGAUAGACAUUUGUGAAAUAGACAAGAUGGUUGUUGAUGUCUCCAAAGAAUUUUUCCCUGAUAUAGCAGUAGGUUUUGCGGAUCCACGUGUGACACUUAAUAUCGGUGAUGGAGUUGCAUUUUUGAAGGCAGCUCCAGAAGGAACUUAUGAUGCAGUUAUAGUGGAUUCAUCUGAUCCUAUUGGUCCUGCUCAAGAGCUUUUUGAAAAGCCCUUUUUUGAGUCAGUUGCAAGGGCUCUUCGUCCAGGAGGAGUUGUGUGUACUCAAGCGGAAAGUAUAUGGCUUCAUAUGCACAUCAUUGAGGACAUUGUCGUGAACUGUCGCCAGGUAUUCAAAGGGUCUGUCAACUAUGCUUGGACCACAGUUCCUACAUACCCAAGUGGGAUGAUUGGUUUUAUGCUUUGCUCAACUGAGGGGCCUUCUGUUGAUUUCAAGCAUCCGGUGAAUCCUAUUGAUGAGAAUGAUAGCCAGCAGGCGGCAAGACCAUUGAAAUUUUACAACCGUGAGAUUCAUUCAGCAGCUUUCUGUUUGCCGUCUUUUGCCAAGAGGGCAAUUGCUUCAAAAGAAAACUGAGAACAUCUUCAUGGAAUUGUUCACAUUCAUCCUUUAAUUGAUCCAUCCGUCAAUGAAUUGUGGAAUAAAUCAGAGCUUCAAGUUGAUAUUGAAGUAUAACUUUUAUUUCAUGAAAUGAGUUGUUGAUGGAUUCAGUUCUUAGAAACUUGUCUCAAACAUUAUUUUCAAUAUGGGACUUUAUUUAGCUUGCUCCUCUUUUUUUUUUUAAAACCUAUUUUUGAAGUUAAAAUUUACUAUUGUAUUUUGAUUAAUCAAGUAUUUUACUUACUUAAUUUGCGCAA